GCAAAAACUCCUUCGUUACAACAAAAUCACAGAUCUAGACGAUCUAGGGUUAGGGUUUCAUGGCGAAGAUCGAUGCCAAAGCUCUGCUCAAAGACAAAAAGUUCUGGUUUGCUUCUUUCCUCAUCGCCUGGGCUGCUGCUCUUCAGGGGCAUAUGAUGUGGUUACAGAGGCAGGACUCCUUCAAACAGAAAUUUGGUACACCUGACCAAUCCAGCAACAAUGCACAAGAAGGGAUGCAGAAAUUGGACUUAAACCAAUCCAGUAAGGAUGCAGAAGAUGAGUGGUUCCAAAGGUGAAGCUUUUAUCGAAUUUAAGUUUUUUAACAAGUGUAUGUAAAUUGAUAGGAAUCUCAUUUCUUCUUUCUUUAAUACUUUUUCUGUGUGUUUUGGAACUGAAUUUCACGAUGGAAAUCUGAUCUCAUAUUUUCAAAUGAUUGUGUAAUUCUGUGAAUGUCGAGUUUCUCAGAGUUUGUGGAUUGAUUGGUUCAUUUCUAAGCCCUGUUAAUUUUUGAUACUGUUGUGAAUAGAAUGCUGUUAACUAGAAGAGCAAGAGUGUUUAGUCUCGGAACAGGGAGCUGCAACUUUAGUUAUCCCACCUUAUGCUCAAAGUAUUAUAGAAAUGUGGUACAUGUAACAAUGAUGUUGAUCAAAAUAAGAGUGUUAAACUAGUUGAAAUCUGUAUAUUAGCUAUAUCCCAUACAAUUCUUUGUUGUGAGUUGCAUGUGAAGUGUCUAAGAUUUUGAUGAAAAGCAAGUAAGACGCUUGGAUACAUAUGUGCGUCUUAUAUUUGUAUCCUAUGACAAUCAAGGAACAUAGGAUGCUAGGAGGAUCAAGACAUUGUUUAGGAAUCUAUUAUGGUGGUAUGCUGAUUAAAUUAAUAGUGAUGGCCCAAAAGGAACUCAGAGAGAAGCCUGGACUAUGAUUUGGUUCACUAUUAUUUGGUCUUUAUGUUUAUGGCGGAAUCAAAAAAAUCUUCAGGGAGGAAGCGGACACAGAAAGUAAGGUCAUUGAAUUGAUCAAAUACAGAUCCUAUACUUGGGUUAAAACAAAUUUAUGGUGAGAUUUAAGUAAAGAUGCAUGGUGUAAGUCUCCUAGACAAGCAAUUAGGUAGACUUUGUUUUGCUGACAGAUCGAUUUACUUUUCUAUGUAAAACAUGUGAGCUAUACUCCCGGAUGCUUGUAUGAGGCAGACUACCCCUUGUACUUCUUUUAUGAAUGAUCUAUCUUUUUGCUGAUAAAAAAAAAUAAUAAUA